AUGAGUGCAUCUGCCAUCAUCCUAGGCUGUAUUACAGGGAUGGUUCCGCUAAUAGCCAUAACACUUGCAGGAGCAGCCUUAACAUAUCUCAAAAUUUUCAAUAAGGCUUCAAAUGACAUAAUAUCUAAAAGCUACCCAGAAUUCUUUUUUCCAUUGUAUUGCCUUUUUAACCUUGCAAAAUACGUAGAUAUCAACAAAAUGUCAGAACUUUGGCCACUUUUUGUGUCCCCUACAAUAACAAUUUCCAUUUCCGGGCUGAUUGGAUUUGUUUUCAUACCGAUUAUGAAGCCUCCUAAGAAUCUGACUUUCGUCACAGUUACAAUGAUAGCUCUACCUAACAUGGCAAAUAUUCCUUUACUAGUUGUGCAGGGUCUUUGCUCUUCAUAUGGAUACUUAGGAGAUGACGAUCAUUGCAAAGAUAUAAAUGGAUACAUAGCUAUAAUUGCUUUGACUUUCAACAUUUUUAUGUGAGUUGGCGGAUUGACACUUAUAAGAAUUGAUGCAAUUUCAAAGGAAAAUGAAAGAAAAGUUGGAGAUGCCGCCAAUGAGCAAGAAGAAAUCAAAGAAAAUGAAGCAAAAAGAGAGCCUAUGCCGUUAAAAGCAAUCUUAGUGAAAAGCUUUUUAUCGCCUAUUCCUGUUGCGAGCUUUAUAGGACUUAUCUUUGGAUUUAUCCCUGGGAUUAAAUGAUUAUUUUUUGAUGAUAAUGCUCCUUUAUUAUCAAUCUCUGACUCCGCAAUGACAAUUGCUUAUAAUGGAAUAGUCCUUUCACAAAUGAUAUUAGGGAGCAACAUUAUGCUCUGCAAGAAUCAGAUAAAAGAAAUUGAUAAAAAAUAUGCAAUAUGAGUUACACUAUUUAGAAACGUAAUAAUACCUGGCCUUAUUCUAUUAUACACUUAUUUUGUUUGGUGAUUAGGGAUUUUUGGAGAUAAUAAAGUAAUGGCUUAUGUGAAUUUUAUUGCUGCAAGCUGCCCAACUGCAAUUGCUGUCUUGAUUAUUUGCCAACUCUAUGAUGUUGGGAUAAAAGAGUGUACUUUGCUGAGUGCAGUUCAAUAUAUUACUGGGCUAUUUACUCUGACUCUUUUCAGCUAUAUUUUCUUUUUAAUAAUUUAA